GUUUCACAAGCAGCAGCGAAGACUGGCGAACAGCGAAGAAUGGAGAGAGACGAGACUCCGCUGUUAGCGUGAAACAUCAGUAACAACAAGUAAGAACCGAAAAACCUCCCCACAGGAUACAGGGAUCCGCGUUCAUUUCUGCUAGAAACAGUCUAGCUGCUUCUUCACCGUCUGGAUUUAUUCACAGCGAAGGUCCUCCACCUUCACCUUUCUGUGACAAAUGUUGAGGCCAGGGCCCGGCCUGUUGAAGAGCUGCUAGAGGUUACAGGUAGAGGACGCAGAGGAGUGUUGGUUAGUUGUGCCAGCUUGAGUCUAAUGAGAGUGAUUGUGCCAUCCAGGCACUCCCAGUGACCAGGGCUGUGGCUACGGUGGGCCCGGCCCAGGAGGCCUUCUUGUACAUCACUCCAGGCACCCACUGACCUGUGCUGCUCUCACCAUGGAUCAACAGAGAGACAAAUAUGGUGAGCGACCUGCCAGGGCCACUAAAGUGUCCCAGGGUAGCCGCAGCGGACACUCGUCUCGGCCAUCCGGCUCCUCCAGCUCUUCUGGGGUUCUCAUGGUGGGGCCAAAUUUCCGUGUGGGCAAGAAGAUUGGCUGUGGAAACUUUGGGGAACUGAAGCUUGGUAAAAAUCUCUACACCAAUGAGUAUGUAGCUAUUAAACUGGAACCAGUGAAGUCAAGGGCACCACAGCUGCAUUUAGAGUACCGGUUCUACAAAACACUGGGAACUACAGCUGAGGGUGUACCCCAGGUGUUUUAUUUCGGGCCCUGUGGGAAAUACAACGCCAUGGUCCUGGAGCUGCUGGGCCCAAGUCUGGAGGAUCUCUUCGACCUCUGUGACAGGACCUUUUCACUGAAGACUGUCCUCAUGAUAGCAAUUCAGCUGAUUUCUCGAAUGGAAUACGUGCACUCUAAAAACCUCAUCUAUAGAGAUGUAAAACCGGAGAACUUUCUCAUCGGGCGGCAAGGGAAUAAAAAAGAACACAUAAUCCACAUCAUCGACUUUGGCCUGGCUAAAGAGUACAUCGACCCCGAAACCAAAAAACACAUUCCAUAUCGGGAGCAUAAGAGCUUAACUGGCACCGCGCGGUAUAUGUCCAUCAACACACAUUUAGGCAAAGAGCAAAGCCGGCGAGAUGACCUGGAGGCUUUAGGCCACAUGUUCAUGUAUUUCCUUCGUGGGAGUUUGCCUUGGCAAGGACUAAAGGCCGACACAUUGAAAGAACGAUAUCAGAAGAUUGGAGACACAAAACGAAACACUCCCAUUGAGGUCCUCUGUGAGAACUUCCCAGAGGAAAUGGCAACCUACCUGCGUUAUGUGAGACGGUUAGACUUCUUUGAAAAGCCCGACUAUGAAUACCUGAGGACUCUGUUCACUGAACUGUUUGAACGAAAAGGAUACACCUUUGACUACACCUAUGACUGGGUUGGCAGGCAGAUACCCACACCAGUGGGGUCUGUCCAUAUAGACUCUGGAGCAUCAGCGGUCACGAGAGAGAGCCAUCCUCACAGAGAUCGACCUUCACAGCACCAACCAAUCAGAAAUCAGACAGCCGUGUCAGAUCGACGAGGAGCAUGGGAGGUGCAGCCCACACGCCAAGCAAACUCGUCCUAUCUGACCUCCCACCUGGCAGCGGACAGGCACGGGGGCUCAGUGCAGGUGGUCAGCUCGACCAACGGGGAGCUGAACGCAGACGAUCCGCUGGCAGCUCAUUCCAACGCUCCGAUUACAGCUCAGGCAGAGGUGGAAGUGGUCGACGAGGCCAAGUGCUGCUGCUUCUUCAAACGGAAACGGAAGAAGAACACACCGAGGCACAAAUGAUCGUCCAACCACUGGCCUGAAACCUUCCAAGUGUCCGGCUCAGUUGAUUGUGAUUUCAGAAAUCAGUAAGGUCCCAUUCAGAAUAAAGGAGGGAGACACGACUGAGAGAUCUUGAUUGAAUUGUUCUCUGGAGGGACCACUAAAAAAAUGGUUUGUUGAGAUGUACAAGUGGCUUGUGUCUUUUGAUGGUAGUCCUUUUUUUUUUUUUUUUUUUUUUUUUAAUUCUUGAUUUUAAAUUUUUCCCUCCUUCAAGAUGUUUUGCAGGCCAGCCGUUCAAACUGGGAUUCUUUUUGUUGGAAUAUUGCAGAGGAUAAUCUUAUUCUUUUCCUCCUUGAGACAUCCUGCAUUUGUAUUUCUCCGUUUUUGACGUCUUCUUUUUGCUCCUGUUUGUUUUCUGUGGUAUUACAAGGAAGAGACAAUCCUCCUGUGGGAUCUUCAGCUUCUUACAUGCUAUGAUUUUUACGUGCAACUUACAGAAUCGUUUUUUCAUUUCCAUUUUGUUAAGUCCCAGUUCGCACCAGUUCGCAACUCGUUUUCUAACUCGUUUUGACUCCAAACCCUUUUGCUCGUUUUUCCUGACGUGGGACCGAAUGUAAACCUGAUCACACGAGGAGCCAAGAGAAUAACAACCUCACAUCACACAGAGAAACAGAGAGCAUCAGUGUGACACUUUGGCCCCUGCACUUUUAUCCUCGGUAGAGGUGAACCAACCCUGGCACUGGGACCCGGGCCAGAGAGAACAGGAGACCAGAGAGGCCUCCUGCACUGUGUUGUCUGAGGAGGAUUUCUGCACACGCUGCUUGGUUAAAGCACUCCCCUUAACCACGCUGCUGUUCAAACACACUACAGUCUCAUUUCUGCUCCUGUCUGCUUUGUGAUGAUGAGCCCUUACCUGACUCUGAAAGACGGGGCUGAAAAAAAAUGCUAUUUAUGCUAUUUAUCUCUAAGUUGCCACCAGUUUUCUUACUAAUUCUUGAACAUACACACUGAAUGUAUGGACAGAAAAGUAAAUGACUUUGGCAUUUAUGUAAUCUGUCUUGCGCAUGGGAAGGAAAUUGCAUUUAAAGGAGUUAAGAUCAAUGUUUAACAUGGAGAGAAAGACCAGAAGUAGAGGAUGGUGGUCUUAAAUUUACGUGAUGGUCAAUAAUAGACUCUACACCAGUGCACACUGGGGGAUCAUGCUUUGGAGUGACAAGAGAAACUGGCGUGAUAUGCUUUGGAGAUUAAAUCACAGCCUCUCGACGCUACAAUCCAAUGCCUUAACCCCAACAGACCGACCAGUCCACCACCACAUCACAUCACCACGUGAAGAAGCUGGCCUCCAACAGUGCAACUUUCCUGGUCACCUGUAUAAUAAAGCCAAAAGUUGCAGACUGUUUCCAGCUUGUAAUAGAGCAGUUAAUGACUUCCCUUGUAACACUGAAGAUGUUUUCCCAAAAGAGAGAGAGAGAUGCCAAAUGAAAGGUUGGGUGUUAUAAUAAGUAACGGUGUUAGGAAUUCCCUACCCCUGCGUGUCCAGUCUGGAGACCCCUGUGCUGCAAAGAGAUGUUUCAUGUUUGGACGACUCUGCUCUUAACAUGUCCAUACCAUUUGUUUUAAUUUGUAUUAUUUAGUGUCAUGGAGGACUGCCUUGAAAACAAUAUCCUCAACAUGUCACCUUGCCUAUCCUCCUAACAGAGAGUGAAUACAUAGGUGUUUUAUUUUUUUAUUUUAUAUCUUGCUAAUGUGAAUUUUUUUGUUAAUGCAAUUUUAUUUUUUCCAUUCCAAAUAGCCAUGGUUUUAUGGGGAAAGAGAGGGUAACAAAAAAGCUUGAGACCAUGACUGCACUACAUUUGUUGACCCCGGCUUUCCCUGAAGAGACCCUGCCUUCUUAAUACUGUACUUUAAUUGUGCUUAUUACUUUAAUUGUAGCCACCUCCUGUGCUAGGCUUUCCCUAUAGGGUGCAGGGAAUACACUUUAAAUCCAUCUUUGUCCCAGCCUACUCCUUUUUAUUUGUGCCAUGACUCCUCCCCUCUACAUCCCUGCACAUACACGCAUGAACACACUCACACACGCAAGUCCGACACGAAUCAACUCUCAGUGGAGCGUGUGAUUUCUGGAUUUGCUUCAUCAUCUUUUGAAAAUGUUGUAGAUGUUGCAAACUCUCUUGAUGAAUCAGUAUGUAAGCCUGCUUGUUGCGUGUAUUUACACUGUAUAGCUUUUGGUUCAUUCUUACCCCUGACAUGUCAGUAACUCCGGGGUCUAAGUUAUUGUGUUAUUGAAAGUACUUGAAUAUGAAAAUCUACGGGACCUUUUCUGUUUAUUUUAGCUUUAUUUUUUUGGUCAUUAUCAUAGUGAUUCCACACAUAGGAUUCAAAGGGGAUGGUGGGGAAACCAGGCUAUUUGAAUGACAGGUAUUCAUUAGGUUGAGACGUCUUAGUGCCUCUUGAGUAUGCUGGAAAGGUGGCGUCUGUCAGACUCACAUGUGGAGUCAGGUGCUGUCUGCUGUAAAUGACCAGACUGAGGUUGUUAAUUUUUUCACCAAGAGAAAGAGCAGUUAGCAGUUAUUUUGUAUUCCUAACAUCACACCUGUGACAUCUGCUUCUCCCCACAAAGCCUCAGCAGCACCCAGACUGUUAAAUUCCAGCUACCUGAGAAAAGUCUAAAGUAUUCUGCAUAGUGAGAUGGAUAUCCAGACUAUUUAGCCUUCAGAGUUUUCCCCUGAAUUCCCUGAGUGCCAUUCCUGAGACUACUACUAGCCCAUGCCUUUUACCUGUGCCAGGAAAAUAAUGAAGUUGAAUGUUUUUCGACCCUCACAUUCCACCUUGUGUCCUUGACGUGUCCACUGUCAUUUUUAAGAACCGCAGAGAGCUACAUGGCUCGAUUCAGUACCAAGAAGUGUUUUCAGAGAGGUUUAAGAGAAAGACAGGUGUUCAGUGAGUUGUCUCUGUCGGUUUCUUACCUUUUUUAUGUUGUAAAUUAAAUAGAAAACAACACGGUUUAUUAUUUCCGAGUUGUCAUCUUUGCAACAUCUGCUUCAAACUCGCCUUGCUCUUUAGCUCAUGGCUGAACCAGUCGAUCUAGAUAUAUUACUCUGAUGUAUUUACUUUGUAUUCUCUGGGCCUCAAACAGAGCUGUAGAGGAACACUGUAUGGUUCCUGUCUGCAUGGCUUAUCUGGAGACGACAGCAAACGAUCUCUCCAGUGAACUCUCUCGCCUGUAGGGCUCAAACGUGUGUUGGGUUAGUGAGACAUUACGGCUUCUAGUCCUCAUGUAAAAUAAACUUUUUCAUGUCUACUCACAGCGUGUACCAUUUCAGUUUCCAUUUCUCCUGAUAUACUUCACAUGAGUCAGAGUUGUGUUUCUGGCUUUGGUUGCGUGUUGCUCACAUCGCUGUGUAAAUCAAAGCAAAGGGCGGUUUGAGCGUGAAUGAAUGGCUCCGGUCUCUUUGGGUUCUCUGGCACUUUUUCCUUGUUGCUGUACUGUAGAAUCGUCUUGGACUUACUGUAUAUUUUCUUUGAGGGAGAGGUUUAGGGUGACAUUUACUGCAAUAUUGUGAUGAUUAUUUGACAAUUGUAAAUUGUACAGAGUUCACAAUAAUACUCUUUGUUCUUUCUGUUGGGAUUCAGUAUAAAAGAUGUAUUCUUUGAUUUUUUUUUUCCCCCCUCCCUCUCAGACUGUGGAAAUUGUACAGCUCCAAGAGUUUAUCCUCCCCUCAGCGUUGUUUUUUUUCCAGAGCUAUGAUUAAGAGAAAUCUUAAAACUGUAAAUAAAUAUUAUUGUGUUGAAAUAUGAAUGUCACUUCAAAAAUGUAUUUGAAUGAGUUAGUCAAGGGCUUCAAGAAUGAAGGACCCACAUUUCUUCUUUUUAUGGUUUCAUAUUUUUAAUUUGCAGAAAGCUAAAGGUCCUUUUUAUCUGAGAUGCCUAUGUUUUUUUCCUCCUUGGAUUCGUAUAAUAUAAUAUUUCACACAUGAACCUUAUAAAAUCACUUUUUAUUCCCUCCACACCUAAAGGGAAACUCCAGUUUGCACCCUUUUUUAUGUAAAAUAAAAGAUCUCUCCACCUUG